UAAAUAAUAAUUAUAUAAAAUUAUUAUUUUUUUAAAUUUGUAAGAAUUAUUGUUGUGAAUGCGAAUUAGUCAAAGAAAAUAUUUUUGAAGGAUUAUUAUUUUUGAGAUUUUUAUGAGUUGUGAAUUCCUCGAUAAGUGCCCAUAAAUCAUGAACACAAAUUUAUUAAGUUUAAUAAAACUUAUCUUAAUUUCUCAAUUACAAAUAACAUGAUUAUGCUCUCAAAGGAAAUCGUAUUUUCGAGGAUCAAUAUCAGAAAUCAAUGAAAUUCAAAUUUUUUUCAGAAUUAUAAUGAAAAAACAUAAUCAAAAAAUAUGUUCUAUUUUAGUAGAGUAAUCAGAAUCAGGCUGUAUUUAUUUCUUGUUAAAUUGUAGAUUUUACAAUAUAUAAUAGCUAUAUGACUUAAAUUUUAUUUAUUUAAUUAAAUAUAUAUAUUUAUACACUAUUAUGGAUUUAGAAAUUAUUCAGUAUUUUCUUAGAAAUAAGUUUUACUACAGUGCCCAGCAUGCUACAUCUAAAGCUAUAGAGAGUAACAAUAAGAAUGCAUCUUUCAAACUAUACUUAGGACUUUCUUUAAUACUUCAAAAUAAGCUUUCUGUAGGAUUAUCAACACUGGAAUCAACUGUAAAUGAUAUUGAUGUUGGUUUGGCGACUUUACUUUGUAUGAUACAUGCACAUAAGAAGUUUGAAAUAACUGACACUAGUGCAAUUGAAAAUUUAGAAUCUGCUGCUAAGAAUUUUAAUAUCACUGAAAAUGUAUUAUAUCAUGCUGCAAACGUUCUUAUUCUUUGUGAACGCCUGGAAGAAGCAAAAUGUUAUGUUGAACGUAUUUUAAUGGAUUUUCCCAGUUCUGUUAAUGGUUAUUUAGUUAAAGGAUGGUUAGAAUUAAAAUGCUACCAUAAUAAAAGCUCGAGAAGUUGCUUUAGAGCUGUUUUAUCCCAAAAAAGUGAUUCAAUUGAAGCUUAUUUAGGAGAAGUAGCAACAGUAGACACAAAUGAUGCAAUUUACAUGUUAAAUCAAUUAAUUGUCAAAUUUCCAAACUUUUUACCACCGUUUAUUGAAAAACUUAGGUUGUAUUUAGGUUUACAAGAUUGGGUGCAAGUACUUGAAACUACAGAUCGUAUUUUAACAAUUGAACCAGACUCUUCAAUAGCUCUUAUGGUCAAUAUUUUGAAUAAUAUUGUAGUCAAUGGAAAAUAUGACGAGCUACCUGAUCAAUUUUUUGAAAUAGUAGAAAAAUCUGAACCAUGUGCUCAUAUAUUUAUGUACUGGUCUUCAGCAUUGGUUCGUGUCUGUGGCCAACAUAAAGGAAUUAUCAAUGAAUGCAUACGUGCUACAAAAAUAGCUAUUAGUAUGGAUUCAAAUAUAAAUUAUAAAUUAGAAUUAGCUUAUCAAAUACUAUUAUCUGGACAUUAUGAGGAAGCCAUUGAGUAUUAUAGCGAACUUACAAGUAAUGGAGAACCUGUACCUAAAGCUCUUGAAGGAAUUGUUUUAUGUCACAUUGCAUUGAAUGAGAUAACCUCACAAGUGAAAGAUAAAAUAAAAAUUUUAAAUGAAAUUCAAGGUAGUCAAAAAAGUAGUGAGUUAAUAUUUAUGAAUGCCUUGUGUACUAAUGAUGUCAAUGAUAAAGAAGAGUUAAUAAAACUAGCCAUCAACAAAUUAUUUGACUUUGUCGAAAAUCUUUCUUUUGGUCCUGAAUAUUUAACCAAGCUGAAUCCAGAUCUGAUAUUGUUUUUUUUAAAACACCUAAAAGAUAAUAGUUUUAUAGAAAAAAUGUUGAAUAAACUAUUAAUGUUGUGUCCAGGUUUAAUUAAUUGUUGGAUAUUACUAGCAAGUAUUCAAAGUAUAAAAGAAGCAUACCAUUCUUUAAAAAAACUUUUGGAAUUGGAUUCUACCAAUACUGAUGCACAUCUCAUGAUAGCUAAACUCAUGAUUCAAGAAAAAGAUUUUACUAAUGCCUCCAAAAGUUUAGAUCUGGGUCUCAGUUACAAUUUAUCUAUUAGUGAAUUACCAUUAUAUCAUAUGUUGAAUGGAUUAGUUCACAAGCAUUAUGAAAGACACGAAGAAUGCAUUAAUUCCUUUGAAACUGCACUAAAAUAUUCAUUAAUUGAACAUAAACUAAACCAACAAGAUUUAGCUACAUUGUUUAUUUAUUUAUGUCAAAGUUAUUGUGUAAUUGGCAAUUUUAACAAUGCUAAUAAAACAGUACAAAAAGCAUAUAAUAGUUUAAAUGGAACAAAGUAUGUAGGGAAUAUAAAAUUAGCAGAAGCCAAUAUAGCUUUGUAUAAUAAUAAUACUAGCGAAGCAUUGUCUAUUUUAAUGAAAAUCACUCCAGACCAAUACAUAUUUAAUGAAGCACAAAAAAUGAAAGCCGAUAUUUAUAUCAAUAGUAAUCAAGAUACAAUUGAAUAUGCAGAAUGUUAUCAAGAACUAGUAAAUUCUAAUCCUACUGUAGAAAAUAUGAUUAUUCUAGCUAAUGCUUAUAUAAGUAUACAGGAGCCAGACGAAGCAAUAAAAAUUGCCAAAAAAGCAUUAACUAUAAAAAGUGAUAAUUUAAUGAACUUAAAAGUGGCAGAAAUUCUUGUAGCAACUCAUCAAUAUGCUGAAGCAAUAAAAUAUUAUAAUAAAUCAGGAAAAGAAGGAGCUUUAGAUUUAGCAAAUUUAUUGAUCAAAUUAAAUCAAUGUGAUAUGGCUCUCAAAGUACUUGGUCCUCUUCCGUUAACUGUGAAAGUGAUGACGAUGUCAUAUGCUUUAGAGAAGAAAGGAAAUUUAGAAGAAGCAUUAGAUAUAUUAAAGCAAUGUUCUUAUUUGGAAAAUCAAGAUUUAAAUAUUCGUUUAAACAUAUUAAAACGUAGUGGAGAAAUAGCUUUCAAUCUGGGUAAAAAUGAUUUAGCUAUAGGAUUAUAUAAACAAGCUCUGGUACUAAUUGAAGUAGACAGUGUUGAAGCAAAAGAAAUCAAAAUAAAAUUAGCUAAUUUAUAUAUGCAAGUAAAUGAUUGGACUUCUUGUGAAAUUAUAUGUUCUUCUCUUCUUAAAGACAAAAACAAUGAUAUAGCAAUGUUGAUUGUAGCUGAUCUUUCAUUUCGUCGAUGUGAUUUCAUCACUGCAAAAAAAUAUUUUUGUACACUUUUAGAAAAACAACCAACGAAUUGGGCAGCAUUAGCUCGUUUAAUUGAAGUUUGUCGGAGAACUGAUUGUCUAGAUGAAUUAAAAUCAACCAUGAUACCAACUCAUAAACAUAAAAACCAAGCUGGUUUUCAUUAUUGUUAUGGUUUAUAUUUUUGGUUUACUACUUCUAUAGUUAAUGCAAUGAAACAUUUUAACUUAGCUAAAAAUGAUAUUGAAUGGGGACAACAAUCAUUACAUAAUAUGGUACAAAUUUGCUUAGAUGAGUCUUCUUUAAAUUUGAGUUUAGCUAAUAAAAUAAUGGAGGAAAUGAAACCUAACACAUCAGAAGAAAAGAAAAUUUUCAAGUUGUUAUCUGCUUUUAUAUUAUUAAUGUCUAAAGAGAAACAAUCUAUUGAAAAAGCAAAUCAUUUAUUCAAUGAAAUGUUGCAGGAAUCAUAUAAAACUGCUGCAACAUUAGGCAUUGCUCUUGGAUUUAUUUAUCAAAAACAAUCACAAAGAGCUCGUAAUAUUUUAAAAAGAGUAGCCAAAUCAACAUGGCAGUUUGAAGAAGCAGAGUAUUUAGAAAAAAGUUGGUUACUCUUGGCUGAAUUAUACUUACAAAGUGGAAAAAUCGAUAUCUCAAGUGAAUUAGUUAAAAAAGUGUUUAUUUAUAACAAAUCGUCAGUUAGAGGCUUAGAAAUUUUUAGUUCAAUAGCUGAGAAAGAACAAAAAUUUGAUGAUUCAGUGACUUACUAUGAAAGAGCAUGGGCAUUAUGUGGAAAAAAAGACUUUAAGAUUGGUUACAAAUUAGCUAUAUGCUUGUAUAAAACAAAAAAUUAUACAAAAUCAGUUGAGUUAUGUCUUGAUUUAAUAGCUACUAAUCCAGAACAAGUUAAAUUAAAAAAAGAAAUUUUUGAUAAAGCUAGACAAUGUUUACGCUCUCGAUAACUGAAAUAAUAUUAAAUUCAUGUUACAUUUAUUAUUGAAAUUGUAAAUUAUAAAAAUUAAAAUUAAUAUUCAUAUUUUUUCCCAUUGAAAUAUUUAGUAUUUAUGUAAAUAUUUUUCAUUGUAUCAUUAUGUUAUGAAUACAUUUUUUGAAAUGAAAUAUAUUUUUAUCAAUCUGAGGUAUUAACCAGUGGCUUGAUUUUUAUUGUAAUAAAUUUUAAACAAUAUAUAAAUAUCAAAUUUAAACUAAACAACGGUAGCACUGUGAGAUCGAGGCACAGUGUGGACAUGGCAUAAAUGAGAAAAGUA